AUGGACGCUCUAGGAUACAACACCCCGUGUAGAGGUGACACAGAAUUCUACUGUAACACGUGUAGGCAUGACCUGUGUCUACAGUGUAAAGAGAGACACGUUAUAGAUCUGGAUACCAUAUACCAUGAUGUUGUGAUUUAUCGUGAGAAAUAUGGAUACAUAUCUAAACAAGAGACCUUCUCCACAUACUCUGAGGAAGUCCACCCCUCACUACUUCUAGAAACCUUCUGGACCCCAAAUGACCAUGGAACAUUGCCUACAAUAACAAUUGCAAAAGUGAGAACAAUUACAGACUUCAGUUUGACAAUAAAUGUUCAAUUGAAAUAUAAACUGUUAAGUGAAUUUCCUGUAGGAUUCAAGUCGUCUUGCUUAAGAACAUCAGGCACUGUCGGAAUCAGAUUUGAUAUGAAUAAGUGUCAAACAGAGAUCUCCAACCGUCAGUCAAAGAUGUUGAUUAAAGCCCAGAAACUAAGGAAUGUAAUAGACGCUAAAAACAAUCAUCUUCCCCGUAUAGAAACCUUUGAACACACAUCUGGCCAUUUGGCAAACAAACCGCAAGAAUUCCUUAUAUUCCUAAAGAACACUCAUGUACACAAGUUAAUGGACACUUCCAGUCUCACACAAUACGCUAUGGUCUGCCUGAAAGGAGAAAUCAACAUAGAGGAUGUGACUGAUUUACUGAGUGGAAUCCAAAUAAUAGAGACAGGAAAAAGACAAGUAACAAAUGAAUGUUUGCUGAAACUGAUGUCUACGCCUGUCUUACACAGGUCUGUCACAGUGCCAGGCGAAAUAUAUCAUAUUUCCUGUGUGACAACAGACCAGGUCUGGAUCAGUGAUGGUAAAAGUCUCAUCUUGGUAAACGCAGAUGGUGACAAACUACAUCAUCUGACAGAUGUAAUAUUCGACUGGGGACAACACACUGUAAACCCAGCCGGUGAUCUUAUUUACAUAGACAGGGGUGGUAACAUAAUCAAAAUCUCUAAAGCUAACAGAACAAAGACUACACUGAAAGAGAAAGCAGAACCAUGGGUUCCAAAGUGUGUCUACUCCUCCCACCUCAACGGCGAUUUGCUGGUCGGGAUUCGGUCCUACAAAACAGGCAUUAUAACACGCUAUAACAAACAACAAACUAUACAGCAUGGAAACACAGGUCAAUGACUGUAUAGUGAUCCUAUCUACAUUACAGAGAACCGCAAUGGAGAUAUAAUUGUGUCCGACUUUCUCCGUCGUGCUGUAGUAGUGACAGAGAGUAGAGGAAGUCAUCGAUUCUCCUACAGAGGUCCUCCAUCAGGAUCACGACUAGAACCACGUGGAAUUUGUACUGACGCGCUGUCACACAUCCUGAUGUGUGAUGGUAACACUCACACAAUACAGAUGCUUGACAAGAACGGCCACUUCCGGUCUCUGAUACUGAAAACACAACAAGGGAUAAUCAGACCAACUUGUGUGAGUUAUGACGACAAAUUUCAUUUCCCCUGGUUUGGAUUACGCUACGGAGAAAAGAGAGUGUGCGUAUGCAGACACAUAAAGAGCUCUUGUCUUCUGGCAGGAAUCAGAUCUGAUAUAGAAAAAUGUUACAAAGUAAUAUCCAACAUUCAGAGAAAGAUGGCAAUAAAAGCCAAGAAACUAAGGAACGUCAUAGACACUGUCAUGCAUGAUGCUAAAAUCAAACACAAAAGAUUUAUUCAAAGAUUACAACAACAGAGGAGAAAAACAAACAGACAUUUUGCCAGUUUAGAAACCUUUGAACACAGAUAUGGCCAUUUGGCAAACAAACCGCUAGAAUUCCUUAUAUUCCUAAAGAAGACUCGUGUUCACAAGUUAAUGGACACUUCUAGUCUAACACAAUACGCCAUGGUCUGCCUGAAAGGAGAAAUCAACAUAGAGGAUGUGACUGAUUUACUGAGUGGAAUCCAAAUAGUAGAGACAGGAGAAACACGAAUGAGAAAUGAAAAUCUGCUGAAACUGAUGUCUACACCUGUAUUACUCAGGUCUAUCACUGUGCCAGGUGAAAUAAUUCAUAUUUCCUGUGUGACACCAGACCAAGUCUGGAUCAGUAGUGGUCUAAAUCUGAACUUGAUAAACUUACAGGGUGACAUACUACAUAAUAUGACUUAUGUAAUGAGCAAGUUGGGACAACACACAGUGAAUCUUACUGGAGAUCUUAUUUUUAAGGACAGGCAUGGUGACAUUAUCAAAAUUUCUAAAGAUUACAGAACAAAGUCAACACCGAUAAAGAAAGAAGAACCAUGGGUACCACAGUGUAUCUACUCUUCCCACCUCAACGGUGAUUUACUGGUCGGGAUGCAUUCCUAUCAUUCAGGCAUAAUAGCCCGCUUUAAUGAUAUUGGACUCCGCAAACAGAUAAUAAACCACGACAAUACAGGCCAGAAACUGUAUUCUCAUCCUUUUUGCAUCACAGAGAACCAGAAUGGAGAUGUUAUUGUGUCUGAUCAUGGUUCUGUAGUGGUGACAGAGAGUGGAGGAAAAUAUCGUUUCUCAUACACAGGAAAUCCACGAGGAUCGGGCCUAUCACCACGUGGAAUUUGUACAGACGUUCUGUCACACAUCCUGGUGUGUGACAGUAACAAAAACACAAUACAUAUGAUUGACAGGGACGGUCACUUCCUGUCACUGAUACUGACAAGUCGACAAGGGACAUACAGACCAACGUGUCUGAGUUAUGACAACAAAACUCAUCUUCUUUUGGUUGGAGUAUCCUCCAAGGAAGAAAAGGAAGAAAAAGGGGACACAGAAGUCUACUGUAAGACGUGUAAACAUGACCUGUGUCUACAGUGUAAAGAGAGACAUAUUAUUGAUAUACACACCAAAAACAAUGACGUUGUGAUUUGCCGUGAGAAAUAUGACUAUAUUUCAAAACAAGAUCCCUUUGUGAGACAUCCAGAGAAAGUUUAUGACAAGUACUGUCACUCAUGUGAAAUUCCCCUCUGUGUCAAAUGUAAAGAACACAAAAAUCACCAUGUACUGGAUAUAAGAGUAGCAUAUAAAACAAACAGACAACAACAUAAAGAUAUCAUUCACAACAUCAGAAGUGAGACUCUCUAUAACAACAGUUGUGUUCUGGCAGGAAUCAAAGCUGAUAUAAAAACCUAUCACCCAGAAAUCUCAAAUAAUCAGUCAAAGAUGUUAAUAAAAGCUCAGAAACAAUAUAUAAAGUACGUUAUAGACGCUGUCAUAUGUGAUGUUAAAAUCAGAUGCAAAAAAAUUAUUCAAAGUUUACAACAGCAGAGGAGAAAAAUAAACAGACAUUCUGCUAGUAUAGAAAUCUUCGAACACAGAUCUGACCACUUGGAAAAGAGACCGCUUAAAUUCCUUAUAUUCCUAAAGACAACUGGUGUACACAAAUUAAAGGACACUCCUAAUCUCACACAAUACGCCCUCGUCUGUCUGAUUGAAAAAAUCAACACAGAGGAUGUGACUGAUUUACUGGGUGAAAUCCAAAUAAUAAAGACAGGUAAAAGACAAGUGAGAAAUGAAUGUCUGCUGAAACUGAUGUCUACUCCUGUAUUACACAGGUCUGUCACUGUACCAGGUGAAAUACUAGUAUAUCAUAUUUCCAGUGUGUCACCAGACCGGGCCUGGAUCAGUAAUAGUGAAAAUCUUAUCUUGAUAAACUCAGACGGUGACAUACUAUAUCAUCUGACAGAUGUAAUGACUCUUUGGGGACAACACACAGUGAAUCUGACUGGUGAUCUUAUUUAUAUAGACAGGGAUAGUAGCAUUAUCAAACUCUCUAAAGAUUACAGAACAAAGUCUACACUGAUGAACAAAAAAACCCAUGGAUACUACUAUACUAUACAGCACGGCAACACAGGCCAGGAACUAUUUUCUUAUCUUUCUUACAUCACAGAGAACCGCAAUGGAGAUAUUAUUGCGUCUGGCUUUAGUGAAGUGGUGACAAAUCGUGGAGGAAGACAUCGUUUCUCCUACAGAGGUCCUACAUCAGUAUCAGCGCUAUAUCCACGUGGAGUCUGUACUGACGUUUUGUCAAACAUCCUGGUGUGUGAUCUUAACACCAGCACAAUACAUAUGCUUGACAGGGACGGCCACUUCCUGUCUCUGAUACUGACACGACGACAAGGUAUGAAUAGACCAAUGGGCCUGAGUUAUGACGACAAAACUCAUCUUCUCUGGGUUGGAGUAUCCUACGGGGAAAAGAGCUUGUGUUUAUACAGACACAUAGAGAGGCAGGACUAUCUACAGUAUAUAACAAGUCAGACUAAAAUAGAUGUAUGA